GGAGAGUAACGAGCGCGUCUUCCACUUCUCUGUCUUUCCUGCCCAAUGUCCCACCGAGUAGGCUGAGCCACGUGUGUGCAAUAGCUGUUUCGUUAGUCGUCUCCCAAAACGUCCAGUUUCUUCGUGUUUCGCUGAAACACACAAGAGCACCAUGGUGAAGUUAGCAAAGGCAGCAGCCAAGCAAGCAACCCAGAAGAAAAAAGCCCCUCCACCCCCUAAAGAUGUGGAGGAGGAAUCUAGUGAAGAGGAGAGCAGUGAUGGGGAAGAAGAGGCUGCUCCACCUAAAGUGGUGAAGAAAGCCACACCAGCCAAAGCCGCCCCAGUCAAAAAUGGCGCUGCUGCCAAAAAAGCAGAAAGUGAGGAUGAUGACGAUGAUUCUGAGGAGGAGUCUGAAGAGGAGGCUCCCCCACCCAAAAAGACCCCUGCAAAAGCGGCACCGGCUAAACCUAAGGCAGCCCCUGCAAAGGCUGAAGAGUCAGAUGAUGACGAUGAUGACGAAGAUGAUGAUGAUGAUGAGUCUGAAGAAGAGGCCCCACCACCCAAGAAAGCAGCCAAGCCUGCUGCUAAACCAGCUGCCAAACCAGCAAAGGCUGCACCUGCAAAGGAGUCUUCUGACGACGAUGAUGACGAUGACGAUGAUGAGGAAUCGGAGGAAGAGGCCCCACCUCCUAAGAAAGCUGCAGCUAAACCGGCUGCAAAGGCCAAGGCUGCCAAAGAGGAGUCUGAGGAUGAAGACGAUGAAGAUGAUUCCGAGGAGGAGAUGGACACUACUCCUGCUCCAGCAAAGGCAAAGAAAGCUGGCAUGGUGAAGGCCAAGGAAGAGUCAGAGGAGGAGGACGAUGACGAUGAUGACGAAGAUGAUGACGAGGAAGAGGAUGCCCCAGUGACUGCUGCGAAGAGGAAGGCAGAAAGCAAGAAGGACACCCCUCCUGCCAAGAAGGCGAAGUCAGAAGGCGAUGGCUUCUGUCUGUUUGUUGGAAACUUGAACUCCAACAAAGACUUUGAAGAAAUCAAAACUUCCCUGAGGAAAUUCUUCUCCAAGAAUGACCUUGAGGUUGCAGAUGUCCGACUAGGUGGAUCCAAGAGAUUUGGCUAUGUGGACUUUGCAUCUGAGGAGGACAUGCAGAAGGCAAUGGAGCUCAAUGGCAAGAAGUUCAUGGGUCAGGAGCUGAAGUUGGACAUGCCCCGUAGCAAAGACGCUUCCCAGGAUGGCAAGAAAGAGAGGGAUGCACGGACACUUUUUGUCAAGAACCUCCCCUUCUCCGCAACAGUUGACGACCUGAAGGAAGUCUUUGAAGAUGCAGUUGAAGUCAGGUUACCUCCAGGCCAGAACGGUUCAAACAGAGGUAUUGCCUACAUUGAGUUCAAAACUGAGGCUGAAGCAGAGAAGAUGCUGGAGGAGGCCCAGGGAGCUGACGUACAGGGAAGGUCCAUUAUGGUCGACUAUGUGGGAGAUAAGAGCCAGAAAGGGGGCAGGGUUGCAGCGACAGCAGCAGCAUGUAAAACCCUCGUAGUUAAUAAUUUGGCAUUUAGUGCUACAGAGGAGGUCCUCCAAUCCACAUUUGAGAAGGCUGUCUCCAUUAGGAUUCCACAGAGAGAUGGAAGGCCCAAAGGGUUUGCUUUUGUAGAGUUUGAGAGCACAGACGAUGCUAAGGAUGCUCUGGAAAACCUCAACAACACAGACAUUGAAGGCCGGUCAAUCAGACUUGAGUACAGCCAGAACAGUGGACGAGAUGGUGGCAAGGGAAACUCAGGUCCAACAAAAACCCUCUUCGUCAAGGGGCUUUCUGAGGACACGACAGAUCAGACCCUCAGGGAUGCGUUUGAAGGUGCCACAGCAGCCAGGAUAGUAACAGACAGAGACACAGGGUCAUCGAAGGGCUUUGGAUUUGUGGACUUUGACAACGAGGAUGACUGCAAGGCAGCUAAGGAGGCCAUGGAUGAUGGGGAGAUUGAUGGCAGCAAGGUGACCCUGGACUACGCCAAGCCAAAGGGUGAAGGUGGCUUCCGUGGAGGUCGCGGUGGUGGAUUUGGUGGUGGAUUUGGCGGCCGCGGUGGUGGCAGAGGAGGCCGCGGUGGCUUUGGCGGCUUUGGCGGUCGUGGUGGAGGUGGCAGAGGAGGAGGAGGAAGGGGAGGCCCUCGCGGAGGUGGACGCGGGCGUGGCGGCUUCGGAGGUGGAAGAGGUGGCGGUGGUGGAUUUGGAGUCAAACCCCAGGGGAAGAAAAUCAAGUUUGAUGACUAAAUCCUAGUCUGUUUUACUUUUUGAAUGGACUCUGGUUUCAUCACUUUUCAGAGCUUUUGGACAUUCCAGAAAGCGUCAUUGAUUAUAUAUUUAACUGUUAAUGGGCAUUUUAGCCCUUUAUUUAGACCCCUGAAACCUCCCCUACCCUACCGUGCCAGACUGGUACUUCUGACCUUCUCAGCUCAAGUGCUACGUGUUAGUACUGAAUGUCCCUAUUGCAAAACCUGCACCUCUUGCCCUCAUUAGCUUACUUGCUUUUCCGAACGAGUGAAAUGGAAUGGGUCUGGCAAACAGGUUUGCUGUGAAAAAUACGCUCGUCUUUGUCAGAUACAUUGUGUAAAUUUAAACAGUUUGUAUGAUUUAAUUUUACCUUUUGUAAAAAAAAAAAAGAAAAUACACCUGUAUCCAUAUGUUUUUGUUUUUAUUUUGUUGUUUAGUUUGCUUUAGUUGCCAACUGUUUUACUGUAAUGUGCAAAGCAUAUUUUGAUAGAAGAUUUGAGUCAGUGCUCUAGAGUUGGGUGUUAAGAAAUAUGGGAAAUGUUCAGUCAUGUUUGCUUGGUGGGGGCACAGUCCGUGUCUGGUUCAGAGGAUAAACUGCCUCUUAUGUAUGUAACAUAAAAUAUUUGUAGUGCAUUGACUAAUUUUUUCCCAUCUGAAAAUCUCAAGAUUUUCACAUGAUCAAUUAAAAUCUUCUAGGUGGUGAUUUUUAAA